GCGAAAUAUCACGAGAAAAUUGCGCUACGACGAAAUAGGCAGACCCUAUGCCUCAGGCAGCACACCCGGAUAUCAGGCACCCCAUCUCUGUUUCUCCUGAAUGAUUCAAUCAUCCAGACGUGAAGUCAUUCCCUUUCCAGUCUACCAUUAAAAUUUGCCACCCUAUGGAUCCCUCCCAGUCCGCACAGAAAAGUGACACUACAACUCCAUCGCAGCCGCUUUUCAAUCCCAGUCGGCGAAGGGAAAAGCCCCAGCUGUCGUGUAAUCCGUGCAGGCGUCGAAAGUCACGAUGCGACCGCAAGAGGCCAUGCUCUUUAUGCUCUAUACGCGGUCAAACAUGUACAUACUCGGAGAACAGUUUAACUGUCGCCGGUCCAUCAGGGACAGCUCCGACAGCGCCAUCAAACACUCAUGAUCGUUUAGUCCAACUGGAACGUCUCGUCAUGUCUGUCAUGUCUAAUUCAACAGCGGUCGCUAACAUGCAAGCCAACACGGAUGUACGACAAUUGGCGCCAACUCCGACAGAUACAAUGCCGGAGGAUACUCCCAUAGAUGAGCGUUCCGAGUGUGGCAGCAUGAAAAUCAGCGCAUCAGAGUUUCGCUACAUCGGCGGGGACCACUGGGUUGCCAUUUUAGAAGGCAUAGCCGAUAUUAAAGACCAUGUGGAUCGAGAAGAACAAUUACGGCUGGCAGAGAGUCCAGGUCAGAUCGCGGAUGAUCCCGAGGAUAUUAAUGGUGACUCAAGUACUUCGGGUCGAGAUGGCGCGUUUCUCUUGUAUGGACGUUCCCGCCCGACAUCUCGAGAUGAUAUUCUGUCUGCGCUCCCUCCGAGAUACGCAGUCGAUCGCUAUAUCUCCCGCUACUUUAAUUACCUAGAUCUCGUCUCAGCCGCCGCUGUCCAUGGACCCGUUUUCUUGCGAGAGUACGAGGCCUUCUGGGCCGACCCCUCAGCCGUCCCGAUAAUAUGGGUCGGGCUGCUUUUCAGCAUGAUAUGUCUUGCAUGUCUGGCAUCAAAUCAGCCUGAUAACCCCGACACUGAGCUACUAUCCCUGCGGAUUGAUCUCUACCGCGAAAAGACCGUUCAAUGUUUGAUCAUGGGCGAAUAUACGAAAUCGGGUCCAUACGUACUGGAAACCGUGAUCAAUUAUAUCUACGCAGAAUUCGGUGUGUGUACCGAUGCAAAAAGAGAUAUGUGGUACCUCCUGGCUAUGGAGGUCAAUCUUGCGAUGCGCACGGGUUACCACCGUGAUCCUAGCCACUUUCCCGGAAUCUCACCUUUCCAGGGUGAAAUGCGGCGGCGAGUCUGGGCAACUGUGCUCAUGAGCGAUAUCAUGAUUUCGAACCAAAUGGGGAUGCCGCGGAUGAUCUCGGAUUGGAAGUGUGAUACUACUGAGCCAAGGAAUCUGAAUGAUGCCGAUUUUGAUGAAGACACCAAGGAACUGCCAUCUCCACGACCAGAAACCGAACUUACAACCGCCCUGGGGAUUAUCGCUCGCAGACGGAUGUUGAAGGCCCUCGGCAUUAUUGCGGAUCUCACAAGCAGGGUCAAGCCUUGCUCCUAUGAAGAGGUUAUGCAGGUGGAUCGUAUCCUGCAUGAUGCCGCUGCUAGCAUCCCAGCACCCCUGAAGUGGAAGCCGAUGGCGGCGAGUGUGACUGAUUGGCCACAGGUCAUUAUCGCUCGUUUAUUCAUCAGACAUAUGUUCUACAAGGGCCAGAUCAUGCUACAUCAGCGGUUCUUGAGUAUGCAGUCUUCGUCUGGCAAGGAGGACGGCUUUGAUUACUCGCGGCAAGCAUGCAUUGAUGCAUCGAUGGGUACUCUCGAACUUCAAAAUGUGCUUGACGAGGAAACUUGCACCGGAGGUCAAUUGCACGAGAUGCGAUGGCGAGUCACCUCGGUGAUGAACCAUCAGUUUCUUACGGCAGCAAUGAUCCUAUGCUCCUUACUGCAUAAUGGACGAGCCAGGGAGAGGAAAGAUGAAAUUCGACGUGCGCUUCAACGCGCCAGAGAGAUCUGGAUGCGUAGGAGCUCCGCUUCAAACGAAGCCAAGCGAGCUGCAGAUACUGUUGGUAUCGUCCUUUCCAGGAUGGGGGGUGGUGGGAGAAGCGACCCCGACCUUAAUGCAGAUGUGGGCGAUAGCCUGACUGUACCUGACGCGAGCGGCGACUCUAGUUUGGUGCCAGAUAACCCUAUACCGGGCAAGAUGAGUUUCCAUGACCCUGACCAGUUCAUCAUGCCAGGUAUCCUGGGAGAUAUCAUUCCACCUGUUCUAGAGGAUCAAAAUAUGAGCUACAAUGCCUAUAGUACUGACCCUACCAAUGACUGGAUGUUCAUGCACUGGGAUAAUCCUGAAGGGAUAUACCACGGUUGACGCCACGCUGCAUGGAUGUCAGUCAGCCAGCUUAACAGAUGUUUUAGGGGCAAAGGUGCAUGUCUACUGAUAAUUUUGACUCAAUGAAUAAUACACGUGCAGCGUACUAUGUGC